AUGGCCGUCGCCGACGCGGCGCUGCCCUGCCCGCCAACGCCGCCCCUGUCGGCGUGGAUCGUCGUCGUGGCGGUGGCGCUCGUGCGCUUAGCCCUCACCACGAUGCUGGUGCGCUUCACCCUCACGCUGAUGCUCAUGCUCGUGCGCGUCCUCUGCGUCCUGGCGGGAGCUCUCGCCUGCCUGUUCUUCGCAACUGCGUGGGUCACCUCUGCGGCCUCGGCUGCACAGGUCGUGGCGGGACGCGCCUGGGGCGAGGGCUCCGCCCCCUUCCUCUUCCUCCAGGAGCUCAUGUACGGGGCGUUCAAGGUCUGCGUCUACAGCUUCCUCGUUUUCCUCGCGCUUGCCGUCCUGUUGGUGUGCGUGGCCUACGUGAUUGCAGUUGUAUCUGGGUCCACUUCGGGAUUGAAGAAGGGGGAAAUGGUCGGUUUUGUAAUGGAGGAUGUGGGGAUAUUUGGUAUGCAUGCGACAGCUUGCGUUAUGAUCCCAGCUGUUGUUCUUGGUCUCUGGAGGGACUGCCAGGCGGACAGGAAAGCACCAUCGCACUUUUCAUUUGUUCCUCGACCAAACUCUGUUGAUGGUGCUGUUCCAAGCAAACUGUUCCAGGAGGCAGCCAAGAAGCACCACCACCUCGACCUUAACACCCUCAGGGGCCACACCGACUGCAUCACCGUGCUCGACUUCUCCAGUGACGCCUGCAACCUAGCCACUGACGAUCCUUUGCUCAAAGCUAUUAGAGGAGACACCCUUUCUGCAGCCCAGCAAGAUGACUUACCCAUAGUGAUGAAUUUUCUCAAUAUAAAGCAGCACCAGGCACGCUCUCUGUUCAUGUUCCAUCGAUGGAAGAGAGACUGCAUCUUGAGGAAGAAGCUGGAGAAGGCUUCCUACUUUACCAAUGCUGAGAAGCUCAAGGUCGGGUACACUUCGCGUACACGGAUUAGAAGAGCAACAGCAGGGGAGGGGAUCUGA